AUGAGACAAGAAUUUGCUACCACACCCCGCAGUCCCUCCUCCUUGUUCCCCAUUGCUGUGGACUGCUUCGCCAGGGGUAGAGGGGGCAGUGGCUCCAGGAACACAGCUGUGGUCGUCAGCCACAGCAGCUCUAAGUCAUCAGUCACAGCAGGCUGGUGGCCGAUGGCAGCACCAGAUCUAACCUCUAAUCGGUUCAAAGAAAAAAGGAGGUUAACACUGUUUAACACUGCUGUGGUGCUGUGUAGUGUUUCUCUGCUUCAAACUGCAGAGGUUCCUCAUCAGAUCUCUCUGACUGUGGUUGAACUUGGUGGGAAUGUUACUUUGCAGUGUCCAGUUUCUGAGAAGGAAGGCAAAUUCUUUUACUGGUACAAACAGUCUCUUGGAUAUAUGGCCCAAACAGUUGCAACUGCAGUUCAGGGUCAGUUAACAGUAAGUGAACAGUUUGACAACCCACGGUUCAAAGCAACAAAAGGAGUUGCUCAGUAUCUUCUUACCAUCACAAAUGUCAGCAAAGAGGACGAAGCAACAUACUUCUGUCACUAUGGAGCGGCGUAUUCAUGGAGUUUCAGCAAAGGCAUCUUCUUGGCUGUGAACGAUAGUAAUCAGCAGAAACGUUUUCAUGUGAAACAAAGUCCGGAGACUGAGUCGGUCCAGCCAGGCGACAGAGUGAAUCUCCAGUGUUCACUUCUUUCCAUGAACAAAACUAACAAAGAUGAGUGUCCAGGUGAAGACAGAGUGUACUGGCUCAGAUCUGGAUCAGGAGAAUCUCAUCCAAGCAUCAUUUACACUGACAGAGACAAACAAGAGGAGAGAAGUUGUUUCUACAGUCUGUCCAAAACUAUACAGACCUCCUCUGAUACUGGGACUUACUACUGUGCUGUGGUCACAUGUGGAGAGAUCCUGUUUGGUGAAGGAACUAAAGUGGAAACAAGAUCAGAACUUGAACCAGUUGUCCUUGCUCUUGGAGUCCUGUUGGCCUGCUGUGUGACUGUGAUUGUCGUCCUUAUCUUCUACGGAAAUCGAAGGAAAGUUUGCGAACACUGCAAAGGUAGGGUCACCACUUUUUACUUUCAGGAUGGUGAAGAAGAGGCCACAAACUAUGCAGCACUGGAGUUUUCCACAAGGAAAGUGAAAAGAGGAAAGAGGAAGACUGAAAACAAACCAGAGUGUGUGUACUCUGCUGUAAAGGCAGAUUACCACAACCAGCAACACCCCUCUCUGUAG